CCACUGAAAAGCAUUCUUACUUUAACAGCUAAAAUGAGGUUGAGAAUGAACUCCUCACAGGUUUCAUAUUUAACACUGAGUGCCUACUUUGAAACUGGACCUUUCAAAUAUUUAUUUUUCAUGAUUCUCACAUUGUUAUAUAUUUUAAUUAUUUGUGCCAAUGUUUCUCUGAUUGUGAUUAUCUGUAUGAACAGAAGUUUACAUGAACCUAUGUACCUGUUUCUGUGCAGCCUGUUUGUAAAUGAACUGUAUGGUAGUACAGGGUUGUUUCCAUUCCUUCUGCUUCAGAUCCUCUCUGACAUUCACACUGUUUCUGUUCCCUUUUGUUUCCUGCAGAUUUUCUGUUUGCAUAUGUAUCUGACUGUACAAUUUUUAAACUUAGUCGUCAUGUCUUAUGACAGAUACCUCGCUAUCUGUUAUCCUCUACAAUAUAACACACGUAUGACAACUAAAAGAGUUGCAAUGCUUAUUGUAGUAACAUGGUUAUUCUCUUUUCUUGCAAUUGUUGUUUUGACAUCAUUGAGUUUCUCUUUACAGCUGUGUGGAAACAUUAUUGACAAAGUUUUCUGUCUGAAUUAUUCUAUUGUCAAACUGGCCUGCUCUGACACCAGUGUAAAUAACAUUUAUGGACUAAUUUUCACAGCUAUUGCAAUCAUCAUUCCUCUCUCUUCAAUCUUUUACACUUACAUUAAGAUUAUUAAUGUUUGUUUUUCUGGUUCUAAACAGACCAGACAAAAAGCUGUCAGUACCUGCACACCUCAACUUGUUUCUCUGCUCAACUUUUCACUUGGGGUGUGCGUUGAAUUUUUACAAAACAGGUUUGAUAUGAGCAGUGUACCUAAAAUGUUGCGAAGUUUUUUAUCAUUAUAUUUUCUAACAUUCCCACCAUUGUUCAACCCUGUACUGUAUGGACUGAAAAUGUCUAAAAUCAGGAACACAUAUGCCCGUCCUGUCUUAUGACAGAUACCUUACUAUUUGUUAACCUCUACAAUAUAACACACAUGACAUACAUCUAGGUUGCUAUGAUAAUUACUUU